AUGUUUAGGGCGGCUGUUGAUGCAGCUCCUGUGCCUUUUUUAUCGAAGGAUUUUUCCAUGUCAAGCGAUGAUUUCAAACGGUGGAAGAGAAUGCAGAGUGAACAACGCAACAUGACUGUCUUUAAAAUGGUAGUGGACAAGUUGUUUCAGAUCAUCCCGCCAGUUCCGCAAUAUGAAGAGGUCAGUCCAAAACGCUGCAACACUUGUGCUGUGGUGGGGAAUUCUGGUAAUUUGAAGGGAUCACAUUAUGGAGAUCUAAUAGACUCACAUGACAUUGUAAUAAGAAUGAACAGAGGCCAUACUAAAGGCUAUGAGGAAGAUGUUGGGACCAAGACAACUCAUCAUGUUAUGUAUCCAGAGAGUGCUACUAACCUGGCCAACACCACUCGUCUUGUGUUCUUUGCAUUCAAGAUAAAUGAUCUAGAGUGGCUCCUCAGAACUAUGACACCGGAGAACAAGAACUCACCAAAGAGAGCAAACAAGGACUUGGUGAUGAUCAUAAAUCCAGCUUUCAUGAUAUAUGCACACAAAGUAUGGCUGCAAAGUAAGGGCCAUUACCCAUCCACUGGCUUUUUUACUGUGAUCCUCAGCCUGCAAAUGUGUGAUGUGGUCAAUGUAUUUGGAUUUGGAGCAGACAGAGCAGGAAACUGGAAUCAUUACUUUGAAAAAGCUGUAGAGGGAAGGGGAACCCAGGGUCAUGGGUGUGAGGGGGAAUCCAAGAGGGCGUGA